CUUGAACUGCGCUGCCUUGCUUGUUCCUCUCGGUCUACAUUUUUUCUUUCACUCUCUCACAUGGGCGCAAUAAAACACAGACGCCCACCUAUCUCGCACUACCACUCCGCUCUCUCACUUUUAUCCACACAACAGUCAAAAUGGCGGCAGCCUCGUCCAUCCCGCCGCCGACAGUCCACUCUUCUUCAGUUCGAGAAAAUGUACUUUGUUCGGAGAUGGACGGCCAAGAGACCCGACAGGAGCAGGAUGCAGCCGGGUCAUCCGACCCCCCGGGAGUCACGCUCCGCGACCUGCCGGAUCUGGAGCCGGAGGAGAUCGGGAAGAGGCUGGCCAAAACUCGCCAGGAGCUGAGCAACAGGAGGAAGAUCCUGAUCAAAAACCUACCGCAAGACACCACCAACCAGGAAGUCCAUGAAUUUCUGAAGGAGUACGAACUGAAGUACUGCUUUGUGGACCGCAACAAGGGCACCGCCUUUGUGACUUUGCUGAAUGGCACCCAGGCUCAGGAUGCCAUCCGCUCCCUCCACCACAGCACGGUGCGCGGCCGCUGCAUCAGCGUGGCGCUGCAGCCCACUGACUCGCUGCUCUGCCUAGCCAACCUGCCGCACGCCUUCACCGGCCAGCAGUUCGAGGAGCUGGUGCGCGCCUACGGCAACAUCGAGCGCUGCUUCCUGGUGUACAGCGAGCUGACGGGGCACUCCAAGGGCUACGGCUUCGUGGAGUACAUGAAGAAGGACUCGGCGUCCCGCGCGCGCUCAGAGCUGCUGGGCCGGCCGCAGGGCGACCGGUCUCUGAUGGUGCAGUGGAUGGACGUGAACCAGCUGAUCCAGGAACAGCAGCUCCACUCCCGGUGUCUGUGUGUGGACAAGCUCCCACUGGACCUGUGUGACUCUGAGGAACUGACCCAGCUCUUCUCCGACACCUACAAACCUGUCUUCUGCCAGCUGGCCCAGGACGAGAGCAGCCCGGUGCGGGGCUUCGGGGUGGUGGAGUACGAGAGUGCGGAGCAGGCGGAGGCUGUGCUGCUGGAGAUGGACCGCACCAUGCUGGGCGGCCAGGAGAUCCGCCUCUCACUCUGCACCCCCGGCGCGUCGGGACGCAGCACCCUGGCCGCGCUCAUCGCUGCCCAGGGAGGGAUGCUGGGUAAUAAGAAAGGUCUGCUUCCGGAGCCAAACCUGGCCCAGCUGUUGACAAGCAUCACAAACCCUACGGCCCUGCAUGUCCUCCUCAGACCCUACCACACCGGGAAAAGAGGAGGAAAGUACGGCCGCCACCACAGCCUUCCCUUCCUGCGCCCCCCCAUCACCUCGGCACUGCUCACCCUUGGGAAAGCUCACCAGAGCGCUAUGCUGGGAAACGGACUAGUGCUCCAGAACCUUCUACACAUGCAGCUGGCCCAGCAACAGCUCAUGCACAUCAAAGAGAAGCGGAUCACCAAUGUGGCCAGUCUGCUAGGGGACCCCUCGCGGCUGCUGCUCCACAAGGCCAUGUCUCUGAGGACCCUUCCCCAGGGGCCCAUGGCCCUAGGAAAGGGCCUGCUGGGGGACUCGCCCACGGAGUUUGUUCAGGAGUCCACACCUGUGCCUACACACAAUGGUGCAGCGGUGGUGUCCGCAGCCUCCAUGAUGCCCCACAAGCCUGGCCGCGCCCCCGCCGGCGUGGAUCACAAUGGCUUCCACUCUUCGUCUGCUGCCUACUCCUCCUCCUCCGCCUCCUCUGUCAUCACCUUCUCGGCUUCCAAUAGGCAGCCGGCUCCCCCGGGAGCCGUGUUGAGUGUCCAUCCCCAUGGGCAGGGCUACUCCCUGGGCAGCAACUGUGGCCUUGCCCCCCCUCCACCGCCCAAAGACCCUGCGGGCCUGCAGGUGUUGCAGCACCACAGCUGUGAUGGUUACCCCCUGCCAGGCACGGCCAGUGGGCAGGGUUCUCUGCUGGGUGAACCACCUAAAGAGGUGAAGCUUCCCUCUAACCCCUAUCUCAACCUGGCCAGCGUGAUGCCAGGCAUGGUGCUGCAAGGGCCGGUUGGGAGUAAAGCCCAGGCAGGGCAGCCCGGACCUGGGCUUUACAGCAGCUCCCUGGCCCCCCAAGCUUCCCAGGGCUCCAGCUCUCUCUCCCACAGCACUGUGGUGGCGCCCGCCCCGGCCCAGUACACCACAGACACCUACGCCGACUACAGCCAGUACAGCCAGGUGUACUCACAGGAAGCCAUGCAACAAUGGUAUCAUCAGUACCAAGCCGCACAAGUCCAGAACUACAACACCGCUAUCAACCCAGACAGCCUGGCUCCAGACUACAGCAAGGAGCAGUCUCCUGCUGUGUCAUCCUAUGGAGAAUAUGGCUCCUACAUGCAGGCAGUCACCCAGUACUACACACAGCCUUCCGCAGCCAGCCAGGCCUACACCAGCAAGGAAGUCUCCCUCCAUGCCGUGGGCCAUGCCCCCCCGCCAGCCGUUCUGCCCGCCAGUGCGGUGCUGCCAACGUACGGCGCCCUGCCCCUGAUGCCUGGCUUCCUGGGGGCCGCCCACCCCGCUGGGCCCCCGCCGGGCCACGUGGCGCAGGCCGCCACCACCGACUGGAGCGCCUACUACUAUAAUCAGGCAAGGGGCCAAAAGAGGGAGUACCCCCAGUUAGCAGUGCAGGAAGUGACCUCAUCAGAAGGGGCCUACAUCGGACAGCACUCCCAGGGCCUCGGAGGCCAGUACGCCGACUACUUCAAGAGGAAGAGGCUUUAGUGGGCGGCGGCCACAGCAGCACCUUCGGGCCCCGGGCAAAAGGAAAGACGCACAUUGUCCCUGCUGUACUGCUCCCUUUACACAAUGUCAUAGACCACCCCCCACCCCUCCUUACACACACCCUUUCCACAGCGGAUCUUGUGUGAUACACAAAAUGGCGAAACAACGUGGCUUAGGUUAAAACAAGACUUAUUGUUUUAUAAGAUUGUGUGUACACACGCACACACGCGCCCUGACAAACACACACUCACACCAACAUACAUAGACACACACACACACACACAGAGUUGCUUUCGUCCUCUUGAAGCCUUAACUCUUUAACUUAAUUGACCUUCUCAGUCGAUGUGUGAAUGUUUUUUUUUACCUACUACAAACAUAUUUUUAACGUGCCGUGAUCUUAAAGCGUAUACUCUGCUUUUGUAUUUGAACUGCCUAGCUGUCUGCCUUCCGACAUAAUCGAAAGACUAUUUCCAGGUAGGGUUCUCUCUGUGUUUAGCUGGCCUAGCAGUCGCACCUUCGCUAGGAAGGCAUAGGACAUUCUAUCUGUUGAACUGUUGCCUCACACACACAAAUGUCCGCUUUCUCUGUAGUUUCUUCAUUAUUUCCCGGACUGCACAACUUUUACUCCAAAGUGUGUGUGUGUGUGUGUGCGUGCGCGUGUGUGUGUGUGUGUGUGUGUGUGUGUGUGUGUGUGUGUGUGUGUGUGUGUGUGUGUGUGUGUGUGUGUGUGUGUGUCUUCCAGUUAUAGCUGACUGUUUAGGGUGUAAAACAAACUUUCAUAAUCACAAAUAUACUCUCACACAAACAACCGUAGAACAGUAACCAGUGAAUACACUGCCAUCAUCCCUCAAGUCAUUCUUGUGUUGUGUGUGUGUGUGUGUGUGUGUGUGUGUGUGUGUGUGUGUGUGUGUGUGUGUGUGUGUGUGUGUGUGUGUGUGUGUGUGGGUUGGUGUAUGAGUGAGAGAGAAAGCGAAAGAGAAGAGAGAAACUCAUAUGUUUGAGUGUGUACAUAUCUUUGGGUACAUGAACAAGUAUAACGAUUUAUACAUGCGAGAGUAUGUAAGAGGUUUUGUGUGUGUGUGUGUGUGUGAGACUUUAAGAGUGUGUUUCCGCUAUAGUUUGAUGAACUGCCCUCAUCUCCGUCUGUGUAUCCGUAUGUAUAUUUAUGAAUAUAUAUUGUAUUUACAUUUUAGGAAACGAUUAGCCAUUUUUAUCCCAAUGUUGACAGGGGUACAUCAGGAACGACAAAUACAGCCAAUGAAAACUCGACUCGGGACAUAAAGACAAAAGCCAAUGACAUCAUCACUUUGACCGCCAUUCAAUAAAUAGAUUGUGUACAUAGCGCACUUUAAUAUAGGACGCACACUUCCAGUUCAGAUAUAGGAUACUGAUGUUAUUAAUGGUGUUAGUUACCCAUUAGUUCUGGAAUGGUUAUGAGUAAUGAAUGAAAGCAAGACACAACACUCUGUUUCAACCACCACAAGAAUGGCUUUUUUUCUUUCAUUCAUUUUUCAAAAAUACUUUUAAACCUGCAAUAUUUAGUCUGUCCCAAACCCUCAAGAUCCAAAUUCAGGUUGCAAGUUCAUUCAAAACAUACUUUAAUGAUUGACUUCAUUAUGUUGGAUGUCUCUGUCUGUCUCUCACACUCUCUGACCUACUCUUAAUGAUUUCCCCUAGUUUUGAUGUGAUUGUGUUCAAUUUUGCGUUGUCGAUAUCUCUCACACUGGGACAGACUGCCAAUCCCAUAAAGGCAAUAACGAGACAUAUCUUCAGCCGUUUACUGUCACUCUCUACCUUUUAUUGCUUGGUAAAUUACACUUGUAUACACUUAUCAAUGUGUAUUCAUUCAUCGAAGCAACAGGAUAUUACACCUAUAGUUGCCAUGGAAACAAUGCCAGCUUGGCGGGCGUGGUCCACACAUGCCAGGCAUUAGCCUAUCAUCACAGUAUGCCCCAGGCUUUGCUCAUCACCAGCAGGACGCAACAUUGAUGAGUGCAAUAAUCCCACUCCCCCACACACUAUGGUUUCACAAUAACUGACUAGACCAAAGGAAAGGCCUUUCCUUUAGAUAUGUUAUGUUUAUUUACAACUUUCCAUCAAUACUCUCUCAAUGUCCCUUUGGCUCUCUGAAUCAUCAUGUACACAAACCGGACCCACUCCGUCUUCUCGUCACUAUGAGUGAGCUUUGUUUAAACAGGGUCCCCCUGUGUUUAAUGAGGGCCCCGAUAUAGGCGCCACGUACAUUCCCUCCCACAGCGUCAUCGUGCACUAAUUUCGCAUUUCUGUUCAGGAGAAUAAGGCAGGGACCUUUUUUGAUUACACAGAUCAUUUUGGAAUGAGAACCAAUCAUUUGGAAAGUUUCCUUUGGCUUGUUGGCGUGGUUCCUGCCACUUUGAUGUCCAUGUAGUCGGAUCACAACAACCUACCACUUUUACCACUCUGGAGUUUUAAAUCACGUGGUGGACAGGACUCCACCAGCAAGCUGGAUAUCACGACUCGCCACUGUUUUUGCAAGUUGUGUGGGUGCGGGCGGAUGUUUGCGUAUGGUGCUUUAGGCCGAUUGUAUCUCUGGGGUAGUUUGUUGAUCGCUGUGGCAUCUCCGACGGUGCUGGCUCUGUGUUGGUGGACAGCUGAGGCAGCAGUCUUGCAGCUUCCUGUCGCUUUGCCGUCACCAUGCAUUCAGGCACUCUAAGCCUGGUCUGUUGGUUCUGUGCUCCAGCCCCUCUCCAUUCCAGUGUGUGUGUGUGUGUGUGUGUGUCUGUGUGUGUGUGUGUGUCUGAUAUUGAAGUUGGAAGGGGAAUAAAAUAAAUCUGAAUAUCUCGGAGCCUGCACCAGUUCACUCUCACGCCCUCUUCUCUCUCAACCAACAAGUCUUCUCCAUCUCACUGAAUUUCAUCUCUCUCUCUCUCUCUGAGUAAAGCAUAUAGUAUUGCUCUGCAGCCACACCUCCAACACAGUACUUUACACCAGUAGCUUUUAGACAAACAGACAGAAGCAGCGACUCCCAGGCUGUAUCUGGUAUGCAUUUCCAAGUAAUAAGCCUGCAGCAGCCUUUCAAUAAAUCAACACAUCUUGUUUGGCCACAUCAUUAAUUUAUUGCCACUUCCACCCCCAUCCGUUUGUUUACUUUCUAAUUGUCUGAGUGCUUUGAUAGUAAUAACAAGUGAAUAAUAAUACUAUAGGGCUAACUUUCACAUGUUUGAAGGUCUACCAUUCCCACUGGCCAGGGGACGCACAUCCUGGGUCUCAGUGGUUUAGACAGGUUGUCUGUUGUAAUGAUCGCUGCCUGCAGUCCAGUCUCACCAGUGCCACAUCCUCUACGGGCCAAUAUGGACACUUCCUGUCACCAGUAGUCAAUGACACCUGACAGCUGUCUUGUAUUCAGCUGCAAGUCUGAGCAGCGCCACGGGCAUACAGAUGAGAACCAGCUUUGAAGCAGUUUUAAUGUUGCCAGUUUAAAAGGGCUAAUGAAAAUGUAUUCUACCUUCCCUACAAGUUAAAAAUGUGUGUGUUGAAUUGUGUUGCAACAUCUUUUAUUUAUUUGAGGGCGAAUGGUGCACGACGAAAUUGUAUGGAAGGCCUCACAAAAUAAAAAAAAUAGUUCUGACUUUAUUCUCAGAAAUCUGAGAUUAAAGUCAGAAUUCUGGGAAAGAAGUCAGAACUAUGGAAUUCUGACUUUAUUCUCAGAAUUCUGAACUCUCUUUUCUUAUUUAUGUAUAUUUCCGUUAUGAGUUUCAUGAAUUUAAAGUGAAAGGGAGCCAUCUACUGGUUACUAUGUGGUAGGGGACUUUCAUUUAAAGUUAAGAGAAAUUGUGACAUAUUUUUUAAGGUAAAGUUUACUUUGGAAAAUAUUGAUAUCCAAAUUAGAUCAAUGUUUUUUAUUAAUGAUGUAUGCGUUUAGGCUAUACUUAUUAGUUGUAAUAAAGUGACACCAAGUUACGAUUAUGGGAUAUUGAGAAAGAUGUCUUUAAAAGAGGGGUGGUGCGCACAUCCAAAGGUAAUCCACAGGUGCUAGACAAUAGUGUUGAAUAUAAGAAAAAGGAAGGUCUGCACAAUGUUUAAAUGCUUCAGAAGUGGAUUG